UUGCAUUUCAUUUCAUCUAUUUUAAUUUUUUCUUUUUUUCUUCAACACCUGUAGGGUUAAAUCCUGGCCUGGCCGCUGGCUGCUGCUUGUGCCCGGAAAAUGAGAAUCCACUCAAAAACAAUCAAUCAAAUACAUAUUGCCUUACAGAACCUCUAGCCAUCCAGUGAGUAAAUCGUCGACGGCAAACUUGCCCAAAUAGCGACCUAAUACCAUUUGCUUUCUCCUUACAUUCAUUCAAGAAAAUUAAACAUGAUGCUUACCUUGCGACCAUGUUUCCCCACCUUUGAACCACUAUCCUCCCCUUUAUCAGUCCUAGCCAACAAAAACCGGACUCCCGUAUAUGCUAAACUCCCGCUUUGCGUGCGGCAUUCUACAGGACGACAGUCGCCCAUGAGGCGAGCUAGGUGGACCAAGCAUCUGUGUGUCCACAUGGCAAUGGACGGUUUCGAGGCUGAUGACGACGGUGAAGGAGAAAUUGAGGACGAGAAUGAUGUCUCGUGGCGUGGAGUUGACGAAGAAAAGGAUUAUGACAGAGAUCCGGAGUUUGCCGACAUUCUUGGCUCUUGUCUUGAUGACCCGGAUAAAGCUAGGUCCAAGAUGGAGGAGAGGCUAAGAAAGAAGAGGAACAAGAUAUUGCACACAAAAACGGGCUCUUCAAACCCAAUGGUAGUGAAGUUUAACAAAUUUGAUUUUACAAAUUCAUACGUAUGGUUGGAGUUCUAUAAUGCCCCACUGGAGAAAGAUGUUUCUUUGAUCUGUGAUGCAAUUCGGGCUUGGUAUAUUGUUGGACGACUUGGUGGAUGCAAUUCCAUGAAUAUGCAACUGUCGCAAUCCCCUCUGGACAAAAGACCAAGCUAUGAUGAUAUUCAAGGAGCAAAUGCUACACCAACCACAUUUUACAACAUUGGAGAUCUUGAGGUUCAAGAUAAUUUAGCUCGAAUAUGGAUGGAUAUCGGCACAAGCGAACCUUUACUCUUGGAUAUAUUAAUCAAUGCAUUGACACAAUUGAGCUCCGAUUAUGUUGGAAUUAAGCAAGUGAUGUUUGGAGGAUCUGAAUUCGAGAGCUGGAAGGAGGACUUAAAAACCGAAGAUUGUUCACAAGAUAUAGGGAAUCUUGCCCAUAUCGAGUUCCUUCUCUUUUCAGUUUCGUUGUGUGAUGUAAGAGAGAAUUUGGACAGCUUCAACACGACAUUUAUCAGCAUUUAUGUUGGAAUUAAGCAAGUGAUGUUUGGAGGAUCUGAAUUCGAGAGCUGGAAGGACUUAAAAACCGAAGAUGUGGGAUACAGUGUUCACAAGAUAUAGGGAAUCUUGCCCUUUUCGAGUUCCUUCUCUUUUCAGUUUCGUUGUGUGAUGUAGGAGGUAUAUAUAGUCUGUAAAAUAGAACUGACAGUACUGCAAUAUUUUGGAUUAUAAGUGCUCUACUACUGGAAAUUCUUGCUCAUUUGUACCUCCAGUGAUUAAGAUUAUGCGGAGGAUAUAUAGUUUUAUUCCCCAUGUUAGCUUUGCUAAUGUUGGGGGGUAAUCUUUGGUGUUUUUAGAAUAAUGUUUGGAGCCUAGAAAACGAAAUUGUGCUAGAAUGUUAAGAAACGAUGAUAUGUUGCUUUUAAUUUUUGGAACACUGAAAUAUGGA